AUUAUUAUUACUGGAGUGAUCAUCAUCAUUAUUAUUAAUAUUAGUAUUAUUAUUGAUAUUAGAUUGAUUUCCCCCCCUCCCGAGUCUCCGUGAGCAUGGUGGCCGCGCUCCGCUCCCUGCUCGUGUCCGUGAGCCUGGCCGCGGUGGCGCGCCUGUCCUCCGCCGUGGGCGCGGUGAUCCGCUGCGAGCCGUGCGACGCCGGGGCGCGGACGCUGUGCGAGCCCGUGCCCGAGGACUGCGUGGAGCGCGUGCGCGAGCCGGGCUGCGGCUGCUGCGUGACGUGCGCGCUGGCCGAGGGGCGAGCGUGCGGGGUGUACACGGGGCGCUGCGGCGCGGGGCUGGUCUGCCGACACCGGCCGGGCGAGCCGAAGCCGCUGCACGCGCUGCUCGAGGGCCGCGGGGUGUGCGUGGACCAGACCGCACCUCCUCCUCCUCCUCCGGUCGGCGCGCGAGAAGGAGAGAGUGCCAGGAUGCCCGAGGAAGAUUCCAGCAGCAACACAACGAGUCCGUUGGUGCCAGCUGGACACGAGCAGGCAACGGAUAUCUUCCCCCCCCACGGUCGGCGUCCCCCAUCCCACCGGCCUCACCCCAAAGCUGAGGACAUCCGACGUGAGCACCACCGGAAAACCCAGAGCUACAAAAUAGAGGAGCCUCCCGCAGUCGCCCCUUCCAACCAUGAGAACAUCGCCUACGAGUCCAAGCAGGAGCGAGAGUAUGGUCCAUGUCGAAGGGAAAUGGACGAAGUACUAAACACACUGAAGAUCACGGACAUGGCGAACCCCAGAGGCUUCCGCAUCCCGAACUGCGACAGGAAAGGUUUCUACAGGAAAAACAGUGCUGGCCCUCUAAGGGCCGAAAACGUGGCAUAUGCUGGUGCGUGGACAAAUACGGCCAGCCCAUGCCAGGCUACGAUGGAAAGGAGAAAGGGAAUGUGCUGUGCUACGCCAUGGAGAACCAGUAGAACAGCGCAGAAGGCCAAAGAAAAGAGAGAGAGAUCGAGGGAGUGUGCGUGCACUGAAGAACCUCCACGCUCCGACCCUCCAUCUCGGACUCGUGCUGUCGGUCCUCCAGAAAAGAAAUAAUAAAAAAAAAUAAUAAUAAUUAUAUUAAAGGGGUGGGGCUUAAAAUUCUGGGCUUUCCUGAUCUUCACCAAGCUCUAAUUUAUUUCUGUGCUCCAUUGCCCCAUGCUUACGCAGCAGUGGAACCCUAGAUGCUUGCAGGAGAGAAAGAGAUUGAUGGAUGAAAGGACAUGGGUGUGUCUCAGGACGCAGUAGAGCUGUAGCAAGUGGACGCAGGACUGACCGCGAAAUGCAAAAGGACAUGGAAGAAGGCACUAACGUUUGUAAAGCACUUCCUAUAAGGUUGAGUGUGUAUGUGAGUGUGUGUGUGUGUGUGUGUGUGAGUGGCUAUUAUAAUAACUUAACCAUGUGCCUCUGUAUCUUCAUGGCUAUCAGUGUCACCUUUAUUACACAUUCCUGUUGCGUAAAAUCAGGAAUUCGAAUUAAAUGAUCCUUUUUUUUUUUUUAUCGUUGAUCCGAUUCAGUAUGGAAAGCAUGUGCAUGAUGCAUGAAUACAGCUGUAUACACGCGCUCUAUUAGGACCGAUCAUACAACCUUCAUGACGUCCAUAUCUGCUUUACUUUCUCUGUAUAUACAAUGCAUAUGUCUUUACUGAUCUAUAAACCUGCGACGACUUUAACAGACAUGCUUAGCAUAGCAACAUUUUUUUUUUUUUCUGUUUGAGUGACAUACGGCCAAUUUUCUGGCUUUUAAACGUUCGUGUGAAGCUGAAACCUUUCCCGAAGACGUCCUUGUUCAACGCACCCUAACAUGAGCCAAAAUAGGAUGUGGUGGGUUGUUUGUUUGUUUGUUUGUUUACUUGUUUGUUUGUUUUUACUGUACACAAAGUAUUCAUUGUCUUCAUGUCACUACAUUUUCUUUCAUUGCUUUUUAUUUUCAGUAAUGCGUGCUGUGGAAUUUCAAGUGUUUUCAUAAAUGUGUAAAAUUCCCCAAAACUGUAGCAUUCUAGAACUUUUAUCUGCCAGAAAACUGUAAAUUUCUAAAGUUCCUAGAUGGUCUAGAAAUCAAAAGCUUUUCAGACAAAGGCAAACUCCGAAAUAUUAAUCUCGUUUAAGAAUCCAAAACCAUCAAACACCAUAAAAAAAUAUGGAAUAAAAAAUUUUAAUUUAAUUUUAAAGAAUUCAACUAGUGUAAAAUUGUAACAUUCACAACUGGAGUAAAAUACAAAAAUGCUACCAUAAAGGGGUCAAAUCUCCAAUCAGAGUAA